UAUGUGGGUAUGAGAACCAGGUCUGUACACACAUGGUUGUUGUAAAUAUGCGAAGUUUCAAGGUAUCUUAUAUUGAAUGACAUUGGUUAUUCACACAGAGAUGUCACAGUUGCUUAAAGCAUGGCCUCCGUGUGUCUAUCGUCAAAACUUUAGAAAAUUGUUGAAUCGGGACAUCUUCUUCUGUAGAAGUUGCAGCAUCCUUAGAUACUCGUCUAAACCCAAGGAAGAUCAAUUGGUAAGACUUGCAGAAAUCCCAGUAAAUGAAAUAAAAGAACCACCAAUCAUUUUUAGUCGAGGAGAAAAGAAAGUAAUUUCCAGGGAUAGCAAAAGCUCUGCUGCUACCCAGCUUGAAAUAUUAAGUGCUGGAUUAAAAAGACGACAACUACAGCUUUAUGUUGAAAAAUGGUUUAAAGAUCAUGGUUUUACAUCAAGUUCUUCUUCAAAAGUGGAAUUUAAAACAUUUGGUGAAGCUGCAACCAUUCAAAAUGGCAACAAACGCAAAAGAAAAAAAAUGGAUAAGAAGAAGAUACAUGAUCAGAACAUUAUGGUGGAGUCUUCCCAUAAGAAAGAUUCGGUAUUUCAGGAGGAUGAAAGCAAAAAAGCGCAAACAAAAAAGGACACUGUUGAAGUGAAGCAUAAACAAGAUAUCAAACAACAGAAAAGCAAAGAUGAGAAGAAACCAAAAGUAGCAGACAAAGCUACUAAAAUUGACUCAAAAGCAAAAAGCACUGUGUCACUCGAUAACAAUGAAGACCUGCUUAGUUACAUGAUUGGAUGUAUUAUGGGAGGAAUGACCCACCAUGCUCAUUCUGUUUUGAUGCAGUGCACGGUGAACCCGGUCAUUGAGAUUAGUAACCCACAGGUCUUUAACUGUGUUCUCCUGGGAUGGGCAAGAAAAGGAAACAAAAAGAUGAUGAACGAAUUAUUAAAACAGAUGAAAAAGUUAAAGAUUGGUCAUAGUUAUGAUACCUUUGCUGCACAAUUACUGGUUAUUGGGAGUCAGAAGACACACAAACCAGAGGAAAUCCAAGAAAUUUUGCAUCAAAUGGAUAAACAGAACUUGGAUAUGAAGUGCUUGAUUCAGGAAAGUGAAUAUCUUACUCCUAAAGAUGUGCCAACAUUGUUAAAGGUGAUUCAAUCUGUGGACCCGGAGUACAGCCAUAUCUCAAAUGCUCAACAUACCACACAGUUGUACUCUAUGCCGCUACUGCAAGACUUUAAUGAACCCUUGUCUGAGGAUGUGCCAAAUCCAUUUUUCCAAGUCAUAUCACCUGCGAAAUUUGAAGAAAACUUUCAAAAACAGCUUACCUAUGAAGAAGCAGGAUCAGUUUGUAUGGAAAGCACAUAUUAUACAAAACAUACCAAAAAAGAAGAAAAGACUUUGAAGACUAAAGAAGAGUUGAAGGAGCAAUUCAGGAAAAGAAUGACAUCAGCACUGAAAUCUUCACUGAGGAAAAGUCAUCAAAAUGAGAACUCAGAUGUUACAAAACUUUGGCCUUAUUUGAAAGCUUUGAGGACACAUCAAUAUGUAGAUAUAAUGAUGAAGGAAAUAGAAAUAUUAGAAGAGAAAGAAUAUGGAUUGGGAUUCAGGAAGAAAGAGAUUGGAAGAGCUGUUGUAAAUGAGAUUCAAAAGAAGUACUUCAAAGAAAACGGACAUUUGGAUCUGCAAAAGAUAGUCUACAAGGAAUAUGUAGAAAUGAUUCUAAAUGAAAGAAAUAUCAAAGGAUGCCACAGAGAAAUUUGGCAGUCAAUAUGUAUGAAGCAUGCUGGCACAAAUACAAUUUUUCCAGAUUUUACAUUUUCGGACCAAAUAUUAUACUCAAUUGGAAAAUAUCUUUACAAUAUAUUGAAGUAUAAUCUUGAUAUACAGAUAAACAAAAAAGAUGGGACUGUAUCAAAUGAACCAGUCCUCAAUUUUUCCUCCAGAGUGAGGAGAAAUGAAGAUGGAUUUUUAACCUUUGUUAGUAUAAAUCCCAGGUUAAAGAAGUAUAAGAUUCAUUCACAACUAAUAAGUGAACAAGCUUUUUAUCCAAUGAUGGUACCUCCAGUUCCUUGGCAGAGUAAACAACUCGGUGGAUUUAUCACAUACAACAGUGAUUUGAUAAGAUGUCUAGAUGAAAAACAAAUGGAGCUGAAGUAUUUGGAGAAGUAUCCUGAAAAUUCUCUUCAUCCUGUCAUGGACUCAUUGAACAUAUUAGGAACAUGUGGCUGGAAAAUCAACACCAAAAUGUUAGAUGUUGUUUUGGAAUUGUUUAGAGAGAAUGCUGGAGCUUUCUUGGACCUUCCACCAGCCAAACAUACUCUGCAGAAACCAGUUUUUCCUCUCCAAGAAACAAAAGAGUUAGAAAAACAAUAUGCACAAGAAGUGGAAGAAUUGAAAAAGAAGAAAGCUGAACUGUGGACUGUUUUUUACAAUUUAAAGAAGCAGCGAGCCGAGACUCACAGUCUUUGGUGUCACUUACACAGAACUUUGACCAUAGCUGAUUCGCUUAGAGAUGAAGUCAUUUGGUUCCCCCAUAGUUUGGAUUUCAGAGGGAGAUGCUACCCAUUCAUGCCUCACCUGAACUAUCACGGGGAUGAUGUGAGGAGAUCACUCUUCCAGUUUGCCAAUGGGAAACCCUUGGGGGAGAAAGGACUGGACUGGCUGAAGAUCCAUUUGAUCAACUUGACCGGGUUUGCAAAAAGGUCAUCAAAUAAAGAAAGGCUUCACCUGGCCAAUACAUUAAUGUCUGACAUAAUGGAUUCUGCUGAUAAUCCUCUGAAGGGAGGAAAAUGGUGGCAAACCUCAGAUGAACCAUUCCAGACUCUAGCAGCUUGUAUAGAGGUGACUGCUGCAAUGCGGUCAAAAGACCCCGCUCAGUUUGUGUCUUACUUCCCAACUCAUCAAGACGGCUCCUGUAAUGGUCUCCAGCACUACGCUGCCUUGGGCAGGGAUCAGGCAGGGGCGGAGUCGGUUAAUCUCAGUCCCUUCACCCACCCUCAGGAUGUGUACAGUGAUGUGGUGGAUCUGGUUGAGAAAAUCCGACAGAGAGAUGCUGAGGAAGGCCUUGAGAUCGCACAAAAACUAGAUGGCCUCAUCAAAAGAAAGACAAUCAAGCAGACAGUCAUGACCUCUGUGUAUGGGGUCACAAUGUACGGAGCAAAGUUACAGAUUCACAAACAGAUCAGUACCCUGCCCCAGGAGUCCCUUGUCAGCGACCUUCACCUGCCUGCUAGUGUUUACCUAGCUAGGUGUACUUUCAAAGCCUUAGAAGAGAUGUUCUCUAGUGCAAGAUCAAUCCAGAACUGGUUCACCCUGAUUGCACAGGGGCUAGCCAAGGACUGUAAGAUGCCCACCCAGUGGGUCAUGCCAAUGGGAAUCCCUGUUAUACAGCCCUACAUGAAGGAAGCCAGUGACAAAAAGUUAACCACCAGCUACACUAUUGAGGAAUUAAUGAAACUAAAAGUUGACAGUAGAAAGCAAAGAAAUGGUUUUCCUCCAAAUUAUAUUCAUUCCAUUGAUGCAAGUCACAUGAUGCUCACUUCACUGGAAAUGAACAGGGCUGGCCUGACCUUCGCUUCUGUACAUGACUGUUACUGGACACAUGCCAAUGACGUGGAUCUAAUGAAUAAGUUAUGUCGGAAACAGUUUGUGGCCUUGCACAGUCAACCUCUGUUGGAAACCCUUUCAUCAGACUUCCUAAACUACAUAAAAAAAUACCAAAGGGAGCACCCAAAGUUAGACAAAAAACAUGAGGCAUCCGUGCAGAAUCUCAAGGAAUUAGUCAGUAGUGUACCAGAGAAAGGUACAUUUGAUUUGAACAAAGUGCUAGAGUCAGAAUAUUUCUUCAGCUGAUCUAAACUGUCUUUCAUUGGCUGGGAGGAUUAACAGCUGGCUGAACAACAAUGAUUGCCUAAAGCAAGAGCUGAAUGGAACGUGAUUGGCCAAACCUUCAGCCGACUGUUAUUCUAAUGUAAACGGAUGGCCAAGUUAACUAUGAUUGGCUAGACUGACAGGUAGCUGAAAAAUGAUUGGCCAGACUUGUGAUAUGGUGCUCAUCUGUGAUGCAACAAUUACCAUUAAAGUAUUCUGUGAUUUGCAAAAAACUGUCUGCAAAAAAUCAUUCAUCCAUAUUGUGUUCAUCGUACCUGAAGUUUUACACAAACUUGUGUCUAAUUUUAGCAGGAAAUUAUAUGAUUGUCAUUUUUUAAAAUAAACAUUAAAUUUUGAAUUCUGUU